UUCAGAUGGGGAUGAAGUAGCAGCGGCAGCCGAGCGACACAGAAAGAGCAGCGUCUGAACCGCGGAGGUUUUCUUCACUUGGGGGGGGGACAGGUGACCGCUCCCGCGUCCUUCGGUGGAAAUUACAGCUGGUACACCUCCCAGGCACGCGCACCCUCCGAUUCCCACAUUAGAUGUGACUGAACUCCGUUUCUGUCUGAUCGUCUGAGCCCGGCACCAACAUGGAAAAUGCGCACACUAAAUCUGCGACUGAAGUUUUAGACAACUUCGGUGUGAACGAGAACACCGGGCUGACUCUGGAACAGGUCAAAGCCCACCUGGAGAAAUAUGGACCGAACGAGCUCCCAGCUGAAGAAGGCAAGUCGCUGUGGGAGUUGGUGGUGGAGCAGUUUGAAGACCUCUUGGUGAGGAUCCUGCUGCUGGCUGCCUGCGUCUCCUUCGUGUUGGCUCUGUUUGAAGAAGGGGAGGAGACAACCACCGCCUUCGUAGAGCCGAUUGUUAUUCUUCUUAUCCUCAUCGCCAAUGCUGUUAUUGGGGUCUGGCAGGAACGAAACGCCGAGAAUGCCAUUGAGGCUCUGAAGGAGUACGAACCUGAGAUGGGAAAGGUGUAUCGCAUGAACCGCAAAGCGGUCCAGAGGAUCAAAGCCAGAGACAUCGUCCCAGGAGAUAUAGUGGAGGUGGCAGUUGGUGACAAGGUGCCUGCUGACAUCAGAGUGACCUCGAUAAAGUCCACCACCCUGCGCGUGGACCAGUCCAUUCUCACAGGAGAGUCUGUGUCUGUCAUCAAACACACCGACCCUGUUCCUGACCCUCGAGCCGUCAACCAGGACAAAAAGAACAUGUUGUUUUCUGGCACAAACAUUGCUGCCGGUCGUGCCAUAGGUGUCGUCGUCGCUACGGGUGUCUCGACAGAGAUCGGGAAGAUCCGUAAUCAGAUGGCGUCGACGGAGCAAGAGAAGACACCGCUGCAGCAGAAGCUGGACGAGUUCGGCCAGCAGCUCUCAAAGGUCAUCUCCCUGAUCUGCGUGGCUGUGUGGGUCAUCAACAUCGGCCACUUCGGAGACCCGGUCCACGGGGGCUCCUGGGUUCGAGGGGCCAUCUAUUACUUUAAAAUUGCAGUGGCCCUGGCAGUGGCCGCCAUCCCCGAGGGCCUGCCGGCCGUCAUCACCACCUGCCUGGCCCUCGGCACGCGUCGCAUGGCCAAGAAGAACGCCAUCGUCCGGAGCCUGCCGUCUGUGGAGACCCUGGGCUGUACCUCCGUUAUCUGCUCUGACAAGACGGGCACCCUCACCACCAACCAGAUGUCUGUGUGCAGAAUGUUCAUCCUAGACAAGGUGGAGGACUCCAGCUGCAGCCUGCACGAGUUCUCCAUAACUGGUUCUACGUAUGCCCCUGAGGGACAAAUACUCAAAGACAACAAGCCGGUCCAGUGUGGAGACUAUGAUGGACUUGUGGAGUUGGCCACCGUGUGCUCGAUGUGCAAUGAUUCUUCACUGGACUAUAACGAGACUCCACCACGCAAGGAAAACAUGGAGCUGGAGAAUUCCAGCAAGUUUGCAGAAUAUGAGCUGGGGCUCACGUUUGUUGGCUGUGUGGGCAUGCUCGACCCGCCCAGGAAGGAAGUGAUCGGUUCAGUGAAACUGUGCAACGAGGCCGGUAUCCGUGUGAUCAUGAUCACAGGGGACAACAAGGGCACGGCCGUGGCCAUCUGCAGACGGAUCGGCAUCUUUGGAGAGGACGAGGACGUGACGGGAAAGGCCUAUACGGGCCGCGAGUUCGACGAUCUACCGCAGGAGGUGCAGAGAGAAGCCGUCAAACGGGCGCGGUGCUUUGCCCGCGUGGAGCCGGCUCACAAGUCCAAGAUCGUCGGAUACCUGCAGUCGUUUGACGAGAUUACAGCCAUGACAGGUGAUGGCGUGAACGAUGCCCCGGCCUUGAAGAAGGCAGAGAUCGGCAUCGCCAUGGGAUCCGGUACAGCUGUGGCAAAGUCGGCGUCUGAGAUGGUGCUGUCUGACGACAACUUCUCCACCAUCGUAGCUGCUGUGGAGGAGGGCAGAGCCAUCUACAACAACAUGAAGCAGUUCAUCAGAUACCUCAUCUCCUCAAACGUGGGAGAAGUCGUGUGCAUCUUCCUGACAGCCAUCCUGGGUCUGCCUGAGGCUUUGAUCCCAGUCCAGCUGCUGUGGGUUAACCUGGUGACCGAUGGCCUGCCUGCCACCGCCCUGGGCUUCAACCCCCCAGAUUUGGACAUCAUGGAUAAACCACCCCGCAACCCUAAGGAGCCACUCAUCUCUGGCUGGCUCUUCUUUAGAUACCUGGCCAUUGGAGUGAGUGCAGCCACAUGGUGGUACCUGUUUGAUGAGGAGGGCCCACAAGUGUCUUUCUAUCAGCUGCGACAUUUCAUGCAGUGCACUGAGGACAACCCCAUGUUCAAAGAAAUAGACUGCGAGGUGUUUGAAUCUCGCUACCCCACCACCAUGGCGCUGUCUGUGCUGGUCACCAUCGAAAUGUUCAACGCGCUCAACAGUUUGUCUGAGAACCAGUCCCUGCUCAGGAUGCCUCCCUGGGUCAAUAUUUGGUUGCUGGGAGCAAUCAUCCUCUCCCUCUCCCUCCACUUCUUAAUCCUCUACGUCGAGCCUCUGCCACUCAUCUUCCAGGUGACCCCUCUGCGUUGGUCCCAGUGGACUAUGGUCCUGAAGAUUUCCUUCCCAGUCAUCCUACUGGACGAGGCUUUGAAAUAUUUAUCCAGGAACCAUCUGGAAGGUGAUGAGGAGAAGAAGUAUCGGAGGAGAUGGCAGCUGAACUAAGACCUCUCCCUCAACACACUCACACAGUUAGACACACAGCUACCCUCUUCCCAUUUUUGAGCUAGGAAACGUUUCUCUCCCUGCCCUCGUUCCCCACUCCUGCAUGUCCAACAAACCACCGCUGAGGGGUGGCUCGCAUGAGAAUGAGUGUGUGAGAAAGCGAGAGCGCUUGUGCUCCUGCAAGCAUGGCUUUGUGCGAGCGUGUGUGUGUGUGUGUGUGUGUGUGUGUGUGUGUGUGUGAGGACGCAGACGGAUGCAGACCUGUCUUUAUAGUUGCAAGAGCAAGAAACAACUGCAGAAAAGAAAAAUACAACCGGGCUCUGCUUUUUAAAGGUUUCUGCUCAUUUUGUUGUCUGUACAGUACAAACAUAGUGGUGGACUUCUGGGGGGAUAGGGGAGGAUGGGGGGACAGACAUUGAUAAUACUGGGUGGGGUG